AUGCAAGAACCCAAGCAGCGACCACACUUUGGGCUGCGGCUACACCUGCACUGGACACGGCCGCGCCGGGAUCUACCCCACAACCCACGCAGCCACCCGCCUCUAGCUCAGAAGAGUCCCGCCUCCAUCAACGCUCAUCGCUGCUAUUCCGCUGCUCGUCUGGACAAAGAGGGCGCAUCGAUGGUGGGCGUUGUAGUCGGCGCUGUGGCCGGCGCGCUGGCGUUAGGAGCACUUGGGUUCUUCCUAGCCUGGAGCACGGCCGGGGUGAACCGCACCAGCAACGGCAACAGGACACCCACUCCAAUCGGAGGAAACGAUGCCCUGGGCCCGCCACUUGGAACCCAGAAAGACUCCCCGCCGCCGCCGACACCGUAUGCGCAUGAUGGUGCACACCAGCGUGAUGCUCUGCCUCCACCAUCCCCAAACAGGCGUGACGGCGGCGCGCGGUCACACCACGGACGAUAG